AUGUGCUCCAAGGAAGACAUUCAAAUUACAGCUGUUGAUCAAGGAAGAAUCAAUAGCUUCGCCAAAUGGAAUGUAAGGCUUAAAGAAUAUGAGGCAGAGAAAUUACUCCAAAAUCUGGUUGACCUUGAAGACGAACUUCUCGUAUCAGAAUCAGAAGUUCAUCCUUUCAAGAUAGGCGAGUCCUUCUUCCAUCUACCGACUGAAGAGGUAAAUGAAAAAGUUGAUGAACAAAAGGCACAGCUAAAGGAUCGCCUCGUUACCCUCGAGUCGGAAUUGAGCGACUGCAAGGCCACUAUGGCAACCUUAAAGAAGGAACUUUACGCGAAGUUCGGUGGCAACAUAAAUCUGGAGGACUGCUAG